GUCAAUGGUAUCACACAACCAGUGGUUGUACAUUAUGUGAGAGAACUAGGUUUCGGUUCCGUACGCUCUGGUUUUUUCUAGAAAUUUUGAAAUAGAGCGACAUGCUUUGAAAGACGCGAGUGACACUGUUCGAAAUUAAAAAUGUCAGAAAGUACGGACAUCAAACUUGACACAGUCAAGCCUAUGUCUGUGGCUAUACCAUCUGAUUCAUCCAAAAAACCAGUCAAGUCAACCGCCGUUGUAAAAUAUUCGGCUGUUCAAACACCAGCAACUUAUGCUCAAUUACAAUGCAACACAGAUUUAAACUUACCACCAAGCAACUGGCUCAGCAGUUCUGCAGAAAGUUAUGGUCUGCAGAGUGUAUGGUCUCAAACAUCUGGUUUCUCUAGUUUUCGUAUGGCGCACAUGUUUCCUGAUUGUGUGGGGGAAGUUGACGUUGUGUCGGAUGCGGAAAAUAUAAAAAAGCUAUUGAAGUUGCCUUACAAUCAUGGAGUUAUAUCUAUGGUAGUGCACAGAAUAGAAAAUACAUUGUUAUUAGAUGACUUUGAUAUUCACAAGUACUUACUCAGACAGGCGGAAAACGAUUGGGAAUGGUUAAAGAAAUUUUUUUAUGAGCAUAUCUUUCAGAAUUUGGGAGAUAAAGAGAAGUGUCUAUUUCACAAGACAAGCAACAGAAAUACUUUGCAGCAGAGAAACUUGGUAUCUAAGUUUUUAUAUCACUCGAUUGUAGUGGCUGAUAGCAAAGAGCAGCAUAUUAAACCACAAUUACCUGCUAAAACAUCUGAGCCAUGCUUGCCAGAACCUUCUCAAGAAGAGAAAGUACCAGAUCCAAACUAUAAUCACAAUUUUGCAAGGAAUAUUGUCUGGACUUUUGAGAAUAUACAAAUGCUUAUUGGUACUGAUAUGCCAAUAUUUGGAGGACAGACUCAUCCAUGUAUAAGUCUCAGAUUAAGGGAUAUGACUAAACCCAUUAAUGUGUUAACUGGGAUAGAUUAUUGGUUGGAUAAUUUGAUGUGUAAUGUACCUGAAGUGGUAAUGUGCUAUCACUUAGAUGGUAUUGUGCAAAAGUAUGAAUUAAUUAAAACAGAAGACCUUCCUAAUUUGGAUCAUUCAAAGUUUAGUCCCAAAGUCAUCAGGGAUGUUGCGCAGAAUAUUUUAAGUUUCUUAAAAAACAAUGCAACCAAAGCUGGGCACACUUACUGGUUGUUUAAAGGCAAAGAUGAUGAUGUCGUAAAGUUGUAUGAUUUAACUUCUUUGUGUAACGAUGUAUCAGAUGAAAAGGGUCAGAAUCCAUUCACUGUACCUGUUGCUAUGUUACUGUACAGAGUGGCCCGUAACAUGAAAUACUCCUCUGAUUAUCAUAGGCAGCAGGGUACUAUUAGAAUGUUAUUGAAAAAUUGCACACAACUGUUGACUAAGGAAAAGUACCCACAGAUUGUGACAUCUGCACAUUUUAUGCUAUCUGAUCUCUAUAUACCAUCGGAUACAAAUCCUGCUAGUCCAGGGUUGCUUGAUCAGAGUGAUGAAGAGGAUACGCAAAGUGAAUCUAGUAUAAACCAUGAAAAUGAAAAGGAUUUGGAAGAGGAACUUGAAGAAACUGCAAUUAAGUCAUUAACAUUAGCUAAUAUUAAAGAACACAGGGAAUGUGAAGAACCUAAAUAUAAACCGCCACCAAUUUCGGGCACCAUCGAAGAAAGAUGUUUGGCAGCCUUAGAUCAUGUUUAUCACGGACUCGAAUGCCUACAGUAUUUUCCAAUUGACGAUAAUUCUGAAGAAGAACGGAAGAAACAGGAAGAAGAAGAAAAAAAGAAAAGAGAAUACGAAGAAAAUCAUUUAAAUAUGGCUAAGCCUUUCCAGGCAAUUCCUAUGCCUUAUAUCUCGCUAAAGAAAGAAGAUAAAAAAGAAAUCGACUGUGAAGUCAGUUCUGCGAACAAUAGUCCUAAUCAUAAAAGAAAAUUGAAGCAGAAGAAAGCAAAGAAACCUGAAAAAGUUAUUUCAAAAGUAGAAACUCACGAGAUUGAACCAAAAGCACUGCUAUGCAAGCUUAAAGCCGAAACUUUGCCCACAUGGCAGGCACCUCAGAAAAACAAUAAUAUUAGUUGGAACGUUCACUUAAAAACCUUAUUAUACGAAAAGGCAUCGUUGAUUUUUGCUGUACUUGCUGAAAAUGAGUAUGCUAAUAGAAAUUACGGAGCCUCAUUGAGAUAUAUGUUAGCAGUCCUACGCUGCCAGAAGAUAUUGGAAAUAUUUUGUGGUAUACGGAACGAUAAGUCGAUUAGUUAUCUAUUAGGUCGUGCUGGAGAUUGUUGUUUUAUGGCUGUGCAAGAUUGGUGUAACGUCGAGAGACAUAGAAGAGAUUACGAGAUGAAGAAUGAAAUUGAAGAGAGGAUUGUCCAAGAAAUAUAUCAAAUGGAAGAUUUAGACAUAAAUGGUGCUGAAUUAUUGCCACAACAUUUAGGAAGUUUGGAAUCUACUUUAGUAGCGUCUUAUAAAUGCUACGAAAAAGCACUGUCGUUAGAACCGAUAGAUAUGGAUAGAAACAAUCUUUUAAGGCGAUUAGGAAAUAUUCAUAACGAGUUAGGUGUACUUUAUAUGAAUCAAGCUGGAACGCGAUAUCAACAAGAAAAUUUAGGAGAAGACUCUAUAAGCUCUUCAGAUGCUGUAACAGCGUUACUUACACGCUCGUUAACUCAUUUGGAAGCAGGUGUGAAAGCAUUUGAAACUGUUCACGACGAAGCAAAUUUAGCACUUUUACAUUCAAAUACAGGAAGACUUAUGCGACUUUGCGCGCACAUGCACAUUAAACAGAAUACUCAAGAACGUCAUUUUUACAAUAAAGCGCUCGCGAGUUAUCAGAAAGCCUUGCAAGUUUUAGGUUCGAGGAAAUCGAAUCCCAUGAUUUGGGAUACUAUUACGUGGGAUUUGUCUACUACUUUAUUUACCAUGGCUACAUUGUUACAAGAUUAUCCUAUAACUGGAUGCAAAACUGAAGAAGAAUUAGAACGAGAAGUUGUUGAUAUUUUACAGAAAGCUUUGAAACAUUGUGAUAUUGAAACUGCCGGGCCAAGACAACCAGUCUAUCAAUUUCGCGCUGCAACCAUUCAACAUCGACUCGCAUCUUUAUAUCACCGUGUAUAUAGAGAAUAUGAACCAGAUGCGGAUAAUAUUAAAAGAAAAACAAGUUUGCAACUGUGUAAAUUAUAUUAUGAUAAAGCUGCGAAGCUUUUGCUAGCUUUGGAACAAACUACGGAAUUUCUGACGGUGCAAAUGGAAAGAGUUGCUUUAGCUGAAUAUCAAGCGCGUUGUGUUGCAACAUUUAAUGGUAAAUUAAAAGCAUACCAAAAUGGUCUUCAGUUAAUUCUACAAUGUAGACCUAUUAUUGAUAUAUUAUGCGAGAGGAACGGUUCUCCAAAGCAAAAGGUUGAAAACGUAAAUACUGUUAGUAAUAAAAUAGGGAAAGAUGUUAUCGAAGAAGGGAAAGCGGUCGACGAACAAAAAUUAAUAGAAGAUGAAGAAAGUUUAGUGAUAUUGUUGGAACAGCGAUUACAAUUUAUUUUACGAUCUUUAACAAAACUGUUCGUUACUAAGAAUAGCAAUAGCAGCAAGAAAGAGCCAGAAACACUUACCAAUUUGUAUAAACAGUGUUACAGUAAAACAUUACGACCAGUUACGAUGACUGGUUCCAUGUUAAUACAACAUAUAGCACAACUUUUACGAGAGUUGGAGAAGAUGUUACCAUGUACAGAAUCUUGAAUAGAUAACUGUAUAUAUUGUCUGUGUGCCAGUUUGAGAUAUUUAACAUAUAAAGUUUCGACCAACGAACACGAUUCCUUCCUCGAGAUUGACGGAGUUCGGUCGCUGUUAAAUUAUUGAUUGCUUUAACCCUCUGAAAGGUCCUUCAUAAUUCUGGUCAUUGACGCUGGUCGUUAUUUCACUUGUCAGAUGAAACCUUGGUGGGGGUAACUCAUGUACGAGGUGUCGAAGACUUUUUUUUAUUCUAGUGUAUAUAUAGCGAGAUGGAAGCUUUUAUUUAUAUAUGAUUUAUAAGCGAGAAAUAAAUAGCUUAUAUGAAUCAUA